ACAUCAGCUCUCCACAAAUGAAGAAUUUUUUUAAGCCUCUCUGCUCUGGACGUGCUACACUCUCUUCAUAAUUAGAUUACAGCUGUGAGCCAAGGGUGGAGAGAGCAUCAGAGAAAAUAAGAGAGAAAGGGGAGGAAAUAAGAGGAAAAGAUCAGGGCAGUGACAGAGUGGAGAGGCGAGGGAAGCAGAGGCAUCUGCUAUUCAAACUGCCUCUGCGAAGGAUUUCCUGCUGAGACUUUGAAGCAUCAUCAUCAACAUCAUUUCAACUCUGGGGUGUGUGUCAACUCGUCAUGGCCCCUCCUUCUCUGUUGGUGUUGCUGAUGGUGGUUGCCAUGGUAACUGGGGCCCGUGCAGCCAGCGAGGAGAAUGAACUGGAUUACGGAUACUGGAACUACAGAGAGGGAGCUGACAGUGUGAAUGUGGCCUCAGUGCGCAGUGUGACCAGAGUUUUAGAUGCCUGGGGAAAACGCAUCUUUAAUGAGAUCAAGACUUUGCUGCACUCACAGCCCAGCACACUGCUGCCUGACUACUCCAGGGUGCGCCCUCUGUCCGAGUCCGUCAACGACCUGUUCAGAGAAGUCUCCCUGCUGCGCCGGCGCAUCACCGAGCUCUCUCAUCGCCUAGCAACGCUGGAACCGUUCCUCCGUCACCACGGCUACCGGUGGGAGGGGGAGGAGGCGGCGGCUCUGGCACCUCAGAGCCUGAAAGGAGAGGUGGCGAGACUGGCCCGAUACACCCCGAGGACCGCGGUGAGGGCCAGCCCCCCUCAGGGGAGCCGGGUGGUGAGGAGGAGACGGGUGAGAGUCCUGAAGAAGGGGGGAGUGAAGCUGGUUCAGAGUGACAGAUAGAGAGCGACAGAGUGGGGGGGUGGGGGGCGUGAAGCUUUAGAAAGUUUCUGUGAUAUAAAGGUGCUCUGCCAAUAUUAUAUAAUGUAUGAUACCCAUCUAUGAACUGUAUAGAUUUCAUUUUUGUGAAAUAACAUGACUUAGACAUGGCUUGUCCUGUGAGAUCAGGAAUGAACCAUUAUGGUUUGUAUUAGUCAAAGAUAUAACUCAUAUCUUCUUUAAUAAACUUAUCAGUGAUUAUCA